GGACCGUCGGACGUCGGACCUCGGCGCUCAGUCGACUGCUCACAUCGGCUGUGAGUAUUCGUCGCUGCGAGUGUCUGGCGGCCAGGAGGAUAAUGCGCCACGCGAAAUUUUAGUGUUAAACUACCUUGGUUCGGCGUGAGCAAGUGUCGCAUUCCUUUAGCUCACGGUUUUCUCGAGAAAAUCGAGGAGCUGCUGAUAGACGAUGGCGUCGCUCAGGUUGCUCGUAGCUGGAGCGAGUGCCGUGGGUGCCGGUACCCUUACCUCGUACUUCCUUUUGUCAGAUAACACGGUACACGCCGAGGUCAAGGAGGGAAAACCAAGGCCGCCUCGGAGGACUUUGCCGACACGAGAGGAUCAAGUGAAGACUCUGAAAUCGCAAGAUUACGAUGUGCUGAUAAUCGGAGGUGGGGCGACGGGGGCAGGAUGCGCUUUGGAUGCUUGCACUCGAGGCUUGAAAACCGCGCUGAUUGAAGCCGACGACUUUGCAUCCGGCACGUCGUCCCGGAGCACCAAGUUAAUUCAUGGCGGCGUGCGAUACCUGCAGAAAGCGAUCAUGCAGCUGGACGUCGAGCAAUACAGAAUGGUGAAAGAGGCGCUUCACGAGCGUGCGUCGAUGCUGCAAAGCGCGCCGCAUCUGGCCCAUCCGUUGCCUAUUAUGCUGCCGGUUUACACAUGGUGGAAGAUUCCUUAUUACUGGUUCGGCAUUAAGAUGUACGAUCUGGUUGCGGGUAGCAAAACGGUCAAAUCGUCAUAUUACUUGAGUAAAUCAAACGCUCUGGAACUUUUUCCGAUGCUGAAAGGCGACAAACUGAGCGGAGCUAUUGUCUAUUACGAUGGCCAGCAAGAUGAUGCUAGGAUGAAUCUGGCGGUCGCUCUAACAGCUUCCAGACAUGGGGCAACAGUCGUAAAUCACGUUAAAGUAGUCAAUUUAUUGAAAGGUCUCGACAGGGAUGGGAAGCGAGUCCUUGUGGGAGCUCACCUUAAAGAUGAACUCACGGGAGAGGAAUGGGAUGUAAAGGCCAAGGCGAUAAUUAAUGCGACCGGCCCCUUCACCGAUCAUAUCAGGAAGAUGGACGAUCAAAAUGUCCAGUCUAUCUGCUGUCCGUCUUCCGGCGUUCACAUAGUGUUGCCUGGAUAUUACAGUCCCGACCAAAUGGGUCUACUUGAUCCAGCGACGAGUGACGGCCGAGUCAUCUUCUUUUUGCCGUGGCAGAAGCAAACAAUCGCAGGAACGACCGAUUUGCCCUGCGAGGUAACGCACAAUCCUCGGCCCACGGAGGACGAGAUCAUGUUCAUUCUGCAGGAAGUGAAAAAUUAUCUGAACCCAGAUGUCGAGGUGCGCCGCGGAGACGUUCUCUCUGCCUGGAGUGGUAUUAGGCCGCUCGUUUCUGACCCGAAUAAACCGAACACGCAGUCGCUCGCUAGGAAUCAUAUUGUGCACGUUAGUUCUACGAACCUCAUCACGAUAGCAGGUGGCAAAUGGACGACUUACCGAGCGAUGGCUCAAGAAACCAUUGACGCGGCCAUAGACGCUUGCAACCUAGAGCCAGAAAGACCUUGCCAGACUGACGGGUUUCUUCUGGAAGGCGCUCAGGGCUGGACCCCUACGAUGUACAUUAGAUUGGUACAAGAUUUCGGUCUGGAAUGCGAAGUCGCGCAACAUUUGUCCAAGAGCUAUGGAGAUCGUGCGUUUGCCGUAGCUAAAAUGGCUUCGCUUACGGGAAAACGAUGGCCUAUUAUCGGAAAGAAGAUUCAUCCGGAAUUUCCGUACAUCGACGCUGAAAUACGUUAUGGUGUGCGGGAGUAUGCUAGAACCGCGAUCGACAUGAUCGCGCGUCGAUUGCGACUCGCCUUCCUCAACGUCCAAGCGGCUCAAGAGGCAUUGCCAGGCAUCAUAGACAUCAUGGCCGAGGAGUUACAUUGGUCCGCGGAGGAGAAAAAGAAGCAACAACGCGAGGCCAGUGAGUUUCUCGCUCAAGAAAUGGGUCAGAUGGUGAACCGUGCUUCCCGCGACAAGAUUCCCAUCAAUCUCACCAAGGACGAGAUUCAACUCUACAUCAAGCGCUUCCGCAUUAUAGACAAGGACAAGAAAGGAUACGUGUCUGUCAAUGACAUUAGGCGAGGACUAAAGCUCUUUGGAGAUAAGGAAGUACCGGGUGAAGAACUUCACGAAAUUCUACGCGAAAUCGACACCAAUAUGAACGGUCAAGUCGAAUUGGAUGAAUAUCUUCAGAUGAUGUCAGCUAUAAAGUCUGGCCAUGUGGCGUAUUCACGUUUCGCGCGGAUGGCUGAAAUGGAAGAAGCACAACACGAGAAGGAAAUGCUCAAGAAACAAAUAACUGUCGAGAGAUCAGGUGGAGGACUAUGAAGAAAUUCAUCCUUACGCUGCAAAAUUUUUGAAUAUUUUAAUCUUACACUUAAUUUUUUUUUCGACAAGUUUCAUUUUCGCGCGUUUGUUCAAGGCUAUCAAUUUAUUCGAUUAGGUGUAUCGUCGAAACGAAAUAAUCAAACAAUAUCCUGCGAAGUGAAACUCUCAUGAACAAUAUUUAAAAUAAUAUAUUAAUCUACAAAUGUUUCAUAGUAAAUUUACAACACCGAGUUUUUUGUACGCACGUCCAAUGUGCAGAUUUUUAUCGAUGGUAGGGAGAAAAUUUUUAUUUUCUCUUUGACGUGCGUGUAUUACUUGUGUGUAAUAUCUAUAUCUACAUGUGUAUAUUAUGUAAAAAAUGCAGCACAUUUGCAUUCUUUCUAUUUAUAUAUACAAUCACUGCUGAUGUGUCACAGCUGUAAUUGUAUUCUGCUCUUGUUAGGAGUAUACAUAACGUUGGAAUUUUACUAUUCUAAAUUGUCACAUUAUAGUAUUUUUAGCAUUACAAUUGUACAUUAUGUAUUAUUUAACUCGGAGCAAUUGCUCUCCUCGCCUGCACCAGAACUUAAUCUUCCGCAACAGAAUUGUGAAUAUAGCGUUACUGUAAGAUAUGUCUUCAGUACGUCAUUUUAAAGACAUUUUUGUCAUCUGGUCGUUGAGACUGAGUCGGGGUGAACUACAAUAGUGUAUAGUGACACUUACCGUCUUUGUAUCAUUACUAACGUACGCUGAGAUUGUACAAACUAUAAUAACUAUAUCAUGAGAAAUCAUCUAAUUUAUUAUCACUGUAAUAAGACAUACAGUGACAAGCGGAUUGUCUUGUAAUUUAUGUCAUCGUCAUCAUCGUAUCAAUAAAGCCAAAUGACAAACGAGUAA